CAUACACACACGGACUUUAAGAUUCAACUUUACAACAAACACAACUCUUCCACUGAGAGGACGUCCACAGGAGGGAAUACUGGAAUACCUUCCACUUCAAGCAGCUGCUGAAUCCACACACUGAGAGUUUGACUAGAACAAAGACUCAAAGUGAGAGGAAGUCUCAGGGAACAGGGAGCGGCUGCUGCUGAGUUUACUGCUUCACUCACAGACAACAUGGCUUCCAGAUUAGAGGAAGAUUUCUGCUGUACUGUCUGCAAAGACAUCUUUAAAGAUCCUGUCGUCCUGUCAUGCAGCCACAGCUUCUGUAGAGACUGUCUGCAGAACUGGUGGACGGAGAAAGUCAUCAAAGAGUGUCCACUUUGUAAGAGAUCUUCAGAGAAUGAACUUAUCUCUAACUUGUCUUUAAAGAACCUGUGUGAGAGUUUCCUACAGGAGAGAAGUCAGAGAUCUCCAGAGGCUUUCUGCAGUCUGCACAAUGAGAAACUCAAACUCUUCUGUCUGGACCAUCAGCAGCCAGUGUGUCUCGUCUGCAGAGAUUCAGAUAAACACACCGACCACAGAUUCAGACCCAUCGAUGAAGCUGCACGACAACACAAGAAGGAGCUUCAGGAACCUCUGCAGCCCUUCAAGAAGAAGUUAGAGACUUUUGAAGAAGUUAAAGUGAAGUUUGAUCAAACAGCAGAACACAUGAAGGUCCAGGCUCGACGCACAGAGACGCAGAUUAAGAAGCAGUUUAAGAAGCUUCACCAGUUUCUAGAAGAGGAAGAGGAGGCCAGGAUGGCUGCACUGAGGGAGGAAGAGGAGCAGAAGAGGAGGAUGAUGGAGAAGAUGGAUGCUGUGAGCAGAGAGAUAGCAGCUCUUUCACACAUAGUCAGAGCCACAGAGGAGGAGCUGAGAGCUGAAGACGUCUCCUUCCUGCACAACUACAAGGCUGCAGUGGAGAGGCUGCAGCGCCCCCUGCUGGAGGAUCCACAGCUGCCCUCAGGAGCUCUGAUAGACCAGGCCAAACAUCUGGGCAACCUCAGCUUCAACAUCUGGAGCAAGAUGAAGGACAUGGUGUCCUACUCUCCUCUCAUCCUGGACCCAAACACUGCUGAUCCAGACCUCAUCCUGUCUGAAGAUCUGACCAGUGUGAGACAAGGAGGAGAGGAGGAACUUCCGGAUAAUCCAGAGAGGUUUGGUGGUUACAACUCUGUCCUGGGCUCUGAGGGCUUUAACUCAGGGACUCACAGCUGGGAUGUCCAGGUUGGAGACAGUAUAGACUGGAGACUGGGUGUGUUAGCAGAGUCUGUCGAGAGGAAGGGACACAUACGGUCUGGAUUAUGGAGAAUAAAGUCUAUUGAAGGUAAAUACUCAGCAGAUUCACCAUCACGUCCAGAAACUCCUCUCAGCCUGCAGAAGGAGCUCCAGAGGGUCAGAGUGAAUCUGGACUGGAAAGGAAGAAAGCUGUCGUUCUCUGAUCCUGACACUAACACACACAUACACACCUUCACACACACUUUCACUGAGAAGAUGUUUCCAUACAUUGGCAAUAUGCGUGUAGACCCACUUAAGGUGUUACCUGUGAAGGUCUCUGUGACUGUAGAACAACAGAUAUAGAUGAUGAUGAUGGUGAUGAUGAUGGUGAUGGUGAUAUUGAUGGUGAUAUUG